UCGGCGGCCGCUCAGUGUGCCUCACUGCCUCUGUGGUUCCAGCGGACUAAAGGCGUCCUCUGCUGCUGUGCGUGUUCCUUGACACCGCACAUCCUCCAUGGGAUAUAUGAACCCAAACUGGUUCUACCGACAGCUUCCUUCACUCUGGGUCAGCGGCGGGCCGGCCACUUGUUCCCUGAGCUAAGUGCACGUAAGCCGGGUUGGAUUUGUUCAGACGCCGAGUGGGUCGUCCGGUGUAUUUGACAGCUCGGCGUGUCGAAAUACCGAUGGAGCUUUUUUGAGGACAUUUGGAGGUUUGGCACGACGAGUGACUCCACGGAGGUUAGACGUCUGCGUGAUGUGUAUCCCUAAGAUGCCGCCUUACGCCCAUAACAAGUCGAUGGAUGUUGCUAUGCCCACGGCGCAGGUUGGGUUACAGUAAAUAUUUGCUUUUACUAUAGCGCAGCCCUUCGGAUGUGGCCUAAAUCACUGUUGAAAUAUUAUCAUAUGGAACGUGGCCUUCAUUUAUGUUGCACAUUUCGAAUGAUGUUAUUAAAUUAUUGUUUUAUCUUGUGAUGCUGCUACUUGUCUUAAAGAAGCCCCGAGACAUUUAAAGACUCCCUCAGCAUCCUCCACUGAUGGAUAACCACCCACUAAAACGAGAAAGCCUCCCCUCUGCUCCCAUUGACAGUCACCCUGGGUUUGUUGUGUCCACAAUGAACUGCUUUCCAGCUGUGGAUUGAACGGUUGGCUAUGAGUGGACCCUCUUUCUAGAGGCUGUCCGGGGGCCGUUUGAGCACAGUGGCCAUGUAUGCAGGAUUUAGGCCGGGCCAGCCUGUCGGGAUGUAGGGCACGGAAAAGCCAUCCAUCCAUUCAGCCAUCUAUGCCAUGCAGUAUAGAGAGAAAGCAGCCCAUAUUCAUGGAGAUGGCUGAUGGGGGAGGAGCGUCUACGCUGGAUAAUGAGGACCCCUGCUCAGAGGAUUGCACUAGGCUCUGUCAAAGACUGUCAUCUUUACUGGUAGUCUAACCACAGUCAGUACCCUACAAAUCUGAUCUAAUGACAACCCCUUUUUGGAUGAUCACAAUUCAUGGAAAACUCAUCCAGGCGACAGCAUGGGUAAUUGGCUUCCAGUUUGAUUGAGAUGGACAUUUACCUAUUGACUGUAAUGGGGAAGUGGGAAGUUAUAAGACAGUGUUUUAUGAGGAAUGAGGGAUAGGAGCUAUGCCUUAAGAAGAUUGCACGUGCAGUUCAUACAGCAAAGAUCCUGGCAGGUUUUAUAUAGAUAGUCAGGUAGUCGGGUAUUCUUAUGGCUUUGGAUUUUGACCUAAUAUACAUUGUUCCUGAAUAAACUGAGCCUUUUGGGAAUACGGGUGUCACCCCAACGCACAGCCUAAAGCAGGAGAGAAAUUUGCUGCUGUUUCAACAACAACAUGCAGGGAUGGGGGCACGGCAUUCCCAGUUCUUUGAUCUUCUCACCCCUUUUACCCAACCUUUGGUAGUCAAGGACACCUCGCAUUGGUUGAUCAGCCCACUGCGUGUAUCGUGCCUGAGUUGACAAACGGCAGGCUUACAUUGUCCAGCACCAGCCCGGCCUCCAUGAACCCUUACGGUAGAGUGAUCAACCCAGCGGCCCCCGUAUCCUGUGCGAACUGCGGGGGCUGCUGCUCUCCACCUUCCCCGUGUCUCAUUCCUUCCAUGACGUCCUUAAUGUCACCGAAUAUGACCCCACCACCUCUCAUGUGCCCUGCCCCAAUCAUGCAAGUGGAGAAUGGUAGUAGCUGGAACUCGUCUUUUUGCUCCCCGGAUUCUCACCCCGGUCUUGGCUGCACGGCACCCAACUCCUACUGGACGGCAGUGUUUGAUUACGAGGCCACGGCAGAUGAGGAGCUAACCCUGAAGCGCGGCGAUCUCCUCGAGGUACUGUCCAAAGACUCCAAAGUGUCUGGGGAUGAGGGUUGGUGGACAGGCAAGAUUCAGGAUAAGGUGGGCAUCUUUCCCAGCAAUUAUGUGACAAAGGGGGAUGCUCCCAACUACCAGCAGCUCACUGUGGACGUGGGUGAGUGUCCUUUGGAGGUAGACUUCUCCGAAUUGCUCCUGGAGGAGGUUAUUGGAGCGGGUGGAUUUGGGAAAGUAUACAAAGGGCUGUGGCAAGGAGAGGAAGUUGCGGUCAAGGCUGCGAGGCAAGACCCCGAUGAAGACAUCAGCGUGACAGCGGAGAGCGUGCGGCAGGAGGCCAGGCUCUUCUGGAUGCUCCGGCACCCCAAUAUUAUCGCUCUACGUGGGGUCUGCUUAAGGGAACCCAACCUUUGCUUGGUCAUGGAGUACGCCAGAGGUGGGGCACUCAACAGAGCCUUGGCUGGAAAGAAGGUGCCCCCCAGGGUGCUGGUAAACUGGGCCGUGCAGAUUGCGACAGGGAUGGACUACCUGCACAACCAGGCGUUUGUACCCAUCAUCCACAGAGAUCUCAAGUCCAGCAAUAUACUUAUUCUGGAGCCGGUGGAGCGAGACGACCUAAGCGAGAAAACCUUGAAGAUCACUGACUUUGGCCUGGCGCGAGAAUGGCACCAAACCACCAAGAUGAGCGCGGCGGGAACGUACGCCUGGAUGGCACCCGAAGUCAUCAAGCUCUCACUUUUUUCCAAAAGCAGCGACGUUUGGAGUUUUGGCGUUCUGCUGUGGGAGCUGCUGACCGGCGAGGUUCCAUACAGAGAGAUAGACGCACUGGCCGUGGCCUAUGGCGUGGCCGUCAACAAACUCACGCUUCCUGUCCCGUCGACAUGUCCUGAACCUUUUGCUCAGCUCUUAGCAGAGUGCUGGAGCCCGAACCCCCACAGCAGGCCGUCUUUUACCAGUAUUCACCACCGGCUGCUGGCCAUAGAACAGUCGGCCAUGUUCCAGAUGCCCCUGGAGUCCUUCCACUCCUUGCAGGAAGACUGGAGGCUGGAGAUCCAGCAGAUGUUUGACGAGCUGCGGGCCAAAGAGAAGGAGCUGAGGUCUUGGGAGGAGGCGCUGGCCCGGGCGGCCCAAGAACAGCGGGAGCAGGAAGAGCAGCUGAGGAGGCGAGAGCAAGAGCUGGCCGAGCGCGAGAUCGACAUCGUGGAGCGCGAGCUCAACAUCAUCAUCCAUCAGAUGUACCAGGAAAAGCCCAGCGUGAAGAAGAGGAAGGGGCACUUUAAGAAGAGCAGGCUGUUGAAGCUGUGCAGGGAUGGCAACAGCAUCAGUCUGCCCUCUGGUUUUGAGCAUAAGAUCACGGUGCAGGCGUCCCCCAGCGUGGACAAGAGGAAGAUGCAGGGUAGCGAGAGUACCACGCCGCCCGCCAGCCCUGGUGUCAUUCCACGCCUCCGAGCCAUACGACUGACCCCAGGUGAUGGCAGCAAGACGUGGGGCCGAAGUGCAGUUUGCAAGAAGGAAGACAUGUCUGCCGGCAAGAAGAAAGGGCGCACGUGGGGGCCCAGCUCCACCCACCAGAGAGAGAGGGUCGGGGGCGAGGAGAAACUAAAAUCCCUAAGUGAGGGCUGCAAAGUGUGGUCCUCCAGUGCCCCCAACCUGGGCAAAUCCCCCAAACAUGUCCCCAUGACGGUGGGCUUCUCCAGCCUCAGUGAAAUGGAGGAAUGCUGUGAGCUGGACGAGUCGCCAGGUUCCCUGCAGCCUUCCGAAACCAGCAGCAAUGGGGCAGCUGAUGACUCUGGGUCGCUGUGGAGCAAUCUGGGUUCCAGCACUGCCGUCAGUUCGUCCGGCACCAGCUCCGCUCAGGGUUCUGUGGGCACGGCGCCGGACCACCAGGACUCAUUGAGACGCUGCGGCCAAAGGAAGCGGAGCGACAUGCUACUGUUGGGUUGUGCUUCUCUAUUGGCCUCUGUGGGCCUGGGGCAAGAUUUGCUGCAGCUGGGAAGACUACAGGUGCUCCAAGACGAGCAAGACGUGAGAGAAGAACAGCGGAAGAAGAAGGAAAGCCUUUUCCAGCGCACAGGGCGUUUCCGUCGCAGCACAUCACCCCCCAGCAGAAACAUGUCCUUGUCCCUUUCUCGCCAGCAUGACUGCACGCUACCCUCCCUGGACCCGUCGCCGUCUGUCACGCUUCUCUCCUUGUCCUCGCUGUCAGACUGCAACUCCACCAAGUCCCUCCUCCCCUCUGACCCGGACGACUAUCCGCUGACGCCGGCCGGCACGCGGGUGCCCCUGCCGGCGGUGCCCUCCCUCAACCCGUUGCUGGACUUCCGGACAGAGAGUUUCAAGAAGGAGCCCAACAGGUCGCUAACGCCCACCCACGUGUCCGCAGCAACGGCGGUCAACAGGGGGCACCGACGCACCCCGUCAGAUGGCGCCAUUCGACCUCAGGCGCAGACCCUUGUUCAUCGCAGGACGCCGUCUGAUGGGAGCGUACCUGUCACCCCUCCACUGGGGGGAGCCGUCAGCUCGGCCAACAAAGGUGCUCCGGACCCCCUGGACGUCCCUCGGCUGUCAGACCCCUCCUUCAUCUUCCCGCUCCCCCAACGCCGUAAAGCCCCUGCACCACCCAUUCCAGAGCCGGCCCCCUUCUGCCUCAUUAGCCCACUAGAGCGACCCAAGACGUUGGAGUUCACCGCCCGUCCUCGACCCGCUCCCACCCGAGUGCGUGCCGACCCUCGUAGACCGGGCUCUCUAUCAGGUACCCGUGUCUGCGACGGCCCCCUCACAUCCGGGAAAGGCGGCCCUGCGCGGCCCAGCCUGAUGGACAUGGACAUGGAGGGGCAAAGCUUAGACCCCACGGUACCUCUGUGCGGGAACUUACAGCCCGCCGGCCUUUGCGGACAACAGUACACAUAGUGAGGACUUGUUGCUUUUUGUAUCGCAAACCACAAACUGGAAAACAUUCCUUCUUCUUUGCACCCCACUAAGGCAGGGGUGUCAAACAUACGGCAUAGGCCGCAAGCGGCCCACCAGGGGAUCCGAUCCGGCCCGUGGGGUUGUUUUUCCUGUCAGGCACGUUGUAACCCAUUCAUACUGUACAUACAGAAUCACGGGGUUUAAUUUGACAUCGGCGCCGUAUAACUGGAGAUUUGUGAUUUGUGUGGUCAUGUGUGUGUACUUGGCUCACUUUUGUGUCCACACUCACAUUUGUUCAUUUGCCCCAUCUCAGUCAAAAUGGCCGUCAAUGGCAGCCAACGAGUUAACGAGCAAGUGGCCCAAAAAUGCCCCAAAAUCAACAGGAAGUGACCAAUGAACCAGAAAUGGCCCGGAAAUGCCCUAAAAUCAACAGGAAAUGAUCCAAAAUAUACAGAAUGUCACAGGAAGUGAUCCAUAAGUACCCUAACAUUACAAGGAAGUGAGCCGAAACUAACGCCAGUGACAAUAAUAGACGUCCAAUUCACUUUAAAUGCGAAGGUUGUGAAUGCUCAUAUUUCAGUGCCAUUUACAGCGUGCCCCUCCCAGUCAAAAUAGAUUGGACAUCUAGCGCCUUCAAUGAGCUAACUUUUUUGGGCCAAAAAUAAACUGGUCCGGCCCACACAAAAACUAAUUCCUAUGAAAGUAGCUCCGGGAACCAAAAUGAGUUUGACACCCCUGCACUAAGGUGUGAAGACCACCCAUCAUUUCCCCUGAUGAACUGGACCAUGACUGAGAUGCCUCAAAAAGCCAUUCCGACAACAACGUACUCGUUCACUAUACAUCCACUUCCUACCUUCUGCUUGCGUCCUUCCAACAGAAUAAUAUACAUUGAAUUGUUCCGUCAUCCACGUGGUGUUUUUCCCUUCAUCUUCUCGGGCAGCACCAACAAACUUGUUGCAUUAAAAAACAAAAUCACAGUUAUUUUGUCCCCUCAAAGUGUGAAAUGUUGGCAAAAAAAAAUCCUACUAAUGGAGGCAAACAUCAACAAAUUAAACCACCAAGAAAUAUUCAUCUGUUCAUUCCGCAUUCUCUGUAGCACGUUUUUUACCACAAAGGAUAUAAGGGCCACGUUAAAAAAAUGCUCCAAGAAUUAAGAAACUUUAACAAAUGCCAUGUCUCCAUUUUAGAAAAGUACAUUAACGUAAAUUCUACACCACCUAAAUUUAAUAAAAAUAAUGAAUGAAUGCACAUAUGACUAUAGGCGGCAGAUGUCCACAUUUUAACAUAGGAUUUUUACAUAGAAAGAAAGGGUGGAUGGAUCAAAAAUCUCCUAACAAACCACAUUAACAUCAUCAAAACGCCGAGUUGGACCCUCCUUAUUCAUAUGUGGCCAAACAGUGUCACAAGUCCCACUAGUGUGUUCACAGCAGGGCUGUUUUCGCCAUCAAUGACGAUAACGAAGUCGAACAAAUUUUUCAUGACGACAAUGAGCUAAAAACGUGGCUUGGGAUACUAGAACAUAAGAUGAAUGCCAGUUUUCGUCUGACGAGACGACAAUGAGACAAAAAUGCGACAUCUUUUCUGUCAAAUGUUCACAAUGCGUGACAUUUUCAUAUUGCACGUGGAGUAUGUUAGCUUGCAUCAUGGCAGUGUUUGGGUCGUGUCACCUACAGUAUGUGAGAUGUGCUGCGCCGCUCCCUGAGAUAGGCUGUGCGCCAUCUCACUUGUUUGGAAACAUGGUAAGAUUUGCAAUAUGGAAUGUUGCUUUCGCUUCUGUGCUGAGUGACCAUCAGCCACUAAAUGUAAUCAGUGUAGCAUUCGCAUUAGCAUUAGCGUCAGAAUGGCAAGCGCCCUGUUAAACACUGGGCAGUCUAAAGCAGAUCCACUUGGCUUUUCUGAUCAAUAUGUCUAGAGGAUGUUAAAUUCUUCUUUUUUAACAUACAGUUAGUGGCGUCUAGGUAGGUUUAAUUGAAAUUUCAUUGAUUUUUCCUGCUAAGUGUGUAUUAUCAUCCCAAAGUUGGCAAUGAUUUUUUUAAACGUUACAAUAUGCGCUCGUCUGUCUAUGUUCAUUCGAAAUUUGAAUUUUACAGACGAAAAUAUUUUGAGUAACUGUCGGCUAAAACUAGACAAAAUAUGAGAUUUGGUCGACUUAAACUAGAUGAAGACGAAAACAUUUUGAAAUUACGAAAAUAUGACAAAGACUUAAAAAGUAUUUUCCUCCUAGACAAAAUUUAAAAGGGCUGCCAAAAGCAACGCGGAUUCACAGCCUUUUUAAAACCAUAUAAGCAUUUAAAUUUAAAACUAGUUUGUGAUAUAUGCGAAAAAAAAAGAAAAGAAAGAAAAAAACAACUUGACUCCCGAGUUCACAAAUCCCAAUAGUGCUUGCAAUAGCUUUAGCAUAGCAACUUUGCUGUAGCCCAUUAUCAAUUCUUUUUAAAUCUGUCAAACCUCUUUUGGCUAUUAUUAACCGGCUUUGGACGAAGUCUUCUAAAGCGAUAAAAUCCCCCUGUACUCCAUUAAAAUGGCUAGUAAUGUUUUGGAGCUAGCAUAACAUUUUCAUCAUAGCAUACUGUGCAUUCCUUUUUAAAUCCGUAUCAUCACCAAUUGUUAGCUUUAAAUCAUUCUUCUCUGGUAACGCCAAGCUUUAGACAGAGGCCUUUUUGCCGAUAAUAUCUCUAGCUUGUUUAAAGUGAGACGAAGCGGCUAGCUCAGUCAGCACUAGCAACUGAAAGUUAUGUCAUAGCAAAAUGUGAAUGGUCUUUUGUAAAAAUCUGUCAAACCACACAUUGUUGGCCUUACAUUUUUCUUCUGUAAUGACACCAAGUAUUGGAUGAAGCCUUCCAAUGUGACAGAAUCUCUUUAGUACCCAAAGAAAUUGUACAUACAAGCAUACAUUCCUUUUUAAAUUUAUCUCACCACUUAUGUUUACCCUAAAUUCUUCUGUUGUAGCUCCAAGCAUCGGACGGAGCCCCCUUCAUCGAAAAUCGCCAGAUAGACGUUCGACAAAGCAGCUAGCUUAGUCAACACCAUCUACUGAAAGUCAUGUCGUAGCAAAAAUUUGAUAUCAUUUUUUAAAAACAUUUGUCAAACCACACAUGGCUAGCCUUAACUUAUUCUUUAGUAAUGACACCAAACAUCGGGUGAGCUCUUUAAUGAAAACAGCUUGUAUCAGUGUUAGCAUGGCAGUUUUGUCGUAGCAUUGGCUGCCGUUGAUGGCGAUAGACGCUCUAUCGCUGCCAACCAGUUUAAAUGGAUUGGACGUCUCACUUAGGGUGACCAUAUUUUGAUUUCCAAAAAAGAGGACGCUCGGCCCAGCCUUGAGAUACUUAAAUUUUACUUGAAGUUUACUCAAAGAUGCCUUAACACUUUAAAACAUUUAAAGUAUGCCUCUUCCGUCUGGAUAGAAAAAUUCAGUUUUAUAAAAAAAUAAUAGUUAUAUAACCAAAGACACAAAUUCAAAUUCGCAGAGGUUACCUAACAGGCUUUGUUAUUCCUAAAAUAAUAAUGCAAAAAAACACUGGAAUUGAUUAGUGAUGAAAAGAGGCCUCUUCUGUAUUGGCGAAUCCUUGAAUACUUGAACAAAAUAAUAGCAAUCUUUUUUAAUUCUUACUGUACAAAUAAAUAAUCUGAAACAAUGUUCUAAAUAAUACCUCUUCUGUAGAAAAUCCAGCUUUCACAAAAAGCUCAUUUCUCUUUCCAGUAAAAUAAUGUAAAUUAAACUGUAACCUCAAGACUAUCCUUGCAAUUGUCGUUGACAAAUUGUUAAUCCCACUCAAUUAUUAUUCUCAUUCAAUGUUCUAGAUUACACACAAACAAUAACUGAAAUAAACGAUUACAACAGCAUGUUUCCAAAUGCAGCACUUCAAAACUAUAUAUCCCGUAAUGACUAGCCCAAUUUAACUCACUGACAGCUAGCACCGGUAGCCGAGGCAAAAAUCAAAUAUUGCGAUAAAAGUUUAAAAUCAUCGGCAGCGUAACAAUGCAACACCAAACGGGAUUUUACAAAUCACACUGGUGAAAAGCUCCAAAGUCAACAGUUGCCGAAAGGUAAAUUUAGCUAGUGUACAUACCGGAGGUGGGUAGAGUUGCCAAAAAAGGUACUCAAGUACGAGUAGCGUUUCUUCAAAAUAAUAUUACUUAAUUAAAAGUAAAAGUAGUCAUCCCAAAAAAUGUACUCAAGUACAAGUAAAAAGUAUGCAGUGAAAAGAAUACUCAAGUGCUUUUUUUUUAAUGGUAUUUUUUCUUUCGUCACAAACUAUCUAUAUGAACGGUUGUUAUAAUGAUACUGUAAAAUAACCCAUUACAAAAAUACAAAAAAAAAUUAUUGAAUUCCGGCAAGAUAGAGAAAAAAAGAAGACAGAAAUGAAGCAUUAUUUGUCCAAAGAGCAUGAGAGCCUUCUAGUGGAGAAAAUCGUUUCCUAGUUUGAAUAGUGAAUACUUCCUUCAUAGUUACUAUUAAAAUAUUAAAAGUAAAAGUAUAUCUCCGGUUUUCUGUGGUCAAUUUGUUCCAAAUAAAAACUGGGAGAGAGGUUUAAUCCGCUCUUUCGAUUCAUGUUGAGGGAGGCGCUCUAUGUCAUAUACUUCAUUUUUUACGGUGCUUUAAAGACGCCAGGUUAUUGAACAGGCUGUCGUGAUCAAAGAACGGCAAACAUGCGUCAGAUUGUGUAAUGGAGUCACGUGAUUAUUGUUGCGACGUCUCACUGGUGAAAUUGGUCGCGCUACUCUUGGCAUUGCUGGCAAAAAAAAAAAAAAGAUUUAUGCAUAGAAUAAGGAGGAAAAAUGUAACGGCGAUUGUGUAGCCCGAAGUAGUGGAGUAAGAGUAGCUUUUUUUGUCCUUACAAAU